UAGCCGGUGUUGUUCACAGCAUCGCCUGACGUUUAUUCCACUCCGUGUUAUUUUAUGGUUGUCCAGUCAACAAGAAACACGUGCAUUAUAUUUCUAAUCUAAUCUGUCCUGGAUUAUAUUGUAGCUCUCUCUAGCUAGAUGCAACAGCAGGGCUAGGUUUCUGCUAUCGUGGGUUUUUACAGACAGGAUUUUAACAUUUUAUGGUUUAAGCUAUCAACAGCACCGCUCUGUCCCUGCCGCACCAGACAUGCUAGCACCUAAUUAGCAACCUAGCCGUGUGGACAUUGUACCGUUGGGCUAACGCUGACUAGCCGCCGAGCUAACGAGGCUACGUUGCCACAACAAUGGACGACUCUGGUAUCAAGAAGCAGAACUGGGACGUGAAGGAAACGGAGUUAUUUCUGGAAAUCCUCAAGGAGCUGGACAUGAAGAAAUGCUUAGACGGUAGGAAAGUGAGGAAUAAUAAACUCUUUAAGGUGGCACACAGGAGAAUGAUAGCGGCUGGCUAUCACAGAUCUGUGGACCAAUUAAAGUUUCGCUGGAAACUUCUAAAAAGUGCGUACUACAAGUGCAAGAGAGAGCCCGAAUCUCCGGCCCCGACCAAAAUACAGGGUUGGUGGCGAUAUGAAAAGACGAUGAUAGCUAUCAUGGAGUCCAGACACCCCUUGGUCGGAGCUGGAGUCAACUCUGACAGGAAUGAUGAAGUGACAGAAGACUCGGAUGGAGAUGCAUCAAUGCUGCACUGGCCGCAGCCCUGCCCGGACAAUUCCUCUCAGAACCUGGAUUUAAUUAUCAAAAUGGACCCUGAGAUGGACUCACAGCUGAAGAUUGGUUUCAUUGGUGCAGGGAACAUGGCAUUUGGCAUCGUAAAGGGCAUGUUGUCUGGAAAUGUUCUUCCUCUAAACGUCAAAGUCAGCGCACCAUCCUCCAGGAACCUGGGACGCUUUCAGGAGCUCGGUAUUCCCGUCUCUCACUCCAACACAGAGGUAGUCUGUGGGUCAGAUGUGGUUUUUGUAGCCGUCAAACCCCACCUGGUUCCACUAGUUCUCAAUGAGGUCUCACAACACAUCACUGAACGACACAUUAUUGUGUCUGUUGCAGCUGGAGUAACACUGGCGACACUGGAAGAGCUUCUGCCAGAGAAUUCAGUUGCCAUCAGGCUGAUGCCGAAUCUCCCAUGUUUGGUUCAGGAAGGGGCUCUCCUGUUUGCACGGGGAUCCCAUGCCAAACAGGAGGACGGAGCUCUGCUUCGCUCCUUGUUGCACCGCUGUGGUUUAGUGGAGGAGGGACCUGAGGCCUGGAUUGACAUCCACACUGGACUGAGCGGGAGCGGAGUCGCUUUUGUGUAUCUGUUUGCUGAAGCUCUGGCAGAAGGAGCUGUUAAAAUGGGAAUGCCAAGUGCUCUGGCACACAGCAUCGCAUCUCAAACUGUUCUGGGUGCUGGGCGGUUGUUACGAGACUCUGGAAAGCAUCCAGCUCAGCUCCGCUCUGAGGUCUGCACCCCAGGUGGAACAACCAUCUACGGGCUUCACACCCUGGAACAGGGCGGUGUGAGGGCGUCGACCAUGAGCGCCGUGGAAUCCGCCACCGAGAGAGCCAGGGAGCUUGGCCGGAAGUCAGCAGCAGGAUGCAGGAAAUGACAGCUGCUUUUUGCCUUUUGAAUUACCACUCAUUGAACUUAACUGAAGCCUAACAACAAAUGGAACUUUUGGCUCAACCAGUUGCCAUAGAACACCAAGACAAACCUGUUUCCCCGAAUCGAAUGCAGUUCAUACUUUUUCUUUUUCAUGUCUUUGACCACAUCGAUUUGUCGUGAGCAAAAAUGAAAUAUUGGCUUAAUCUCGACAUUGACACUGACAAGUAAAUUAUUUGAUUAUAACCCUGUGAUUUAUUUGAGACACUGACUACAUGCACACCAAUAAUCCAAUAUUUUCUGAUUUAGGCAGCAAUGCAAGUAAGGUGUAACCCAAAUGUGAUUAUUCCCAUAGUUACAGAUGUUGUUGUACAAUAAGAUGCACAAUACUUCUAUUUUAGUCACAUUCAUUGGAGGCCGUAUUAACCUGUGAGCUUGAAUACAGAAAGACACUGACAUCAUAGUAAUAAAGAGGGGGACUUUAGCCAUCAAUCAAUCAGUCCAAGAGGCAGCUUUUAUAAACUUCAAGUUUGGAGUAAUGCCUUACCAGCCAUGAUUGGGUCAUUAUGUGCAUGUAAUGUGUUGUUUCAGGUGUAAUUCAUCAUCUACUUGCUGGCUUUGUGUACAACACAAUGUUAAGAAAAAUAUUCAUGAUCUGCGAUGCCAAGCGUGUAGGCUGGGGUUUUCAUAAAGUGUCACUUGAGCCGGC